UAGUUCAACUUUCAUCAUUGAUUCCUCAAUACUCAACAAUCAUACUCGUAGAAAAUCAAAAGAAAAACAGAAAAAAAGAAAAGUACAUACCUUUGGCAGUCUCAAGACUUUCAGCCUCCUCAAGCUUGCUUGUAAAAAUUUCAGGGUCUCAGCGUCUUCAUCUUAAUUUUGGUUGUCCAAGUUUGCAAGGUAAAAGGAUAUCAUGCUCCAUCUUAAUUUUGUCAUAUUGAAGUUUUUUGUCACUGCAUUCAUGUUAUAUUAAUAUAUGGCUUUUCGAGGCAUAAAAAUCACAGAUUACUUCCUUUUGUUUCAACAUGGAUUGCUCUCUUCAUGCUUUUCACAUCGCUGGCACUUUUAGGCAAGAAAAUUGAAUUUUAUCAUAGUUUCAAAUUCUUAUUAACUUUUGGAGAAGAUAAAAUGUGAACAGAGGGCUGGAUCUGGGCCGUAAUGAUAUAUGUAUGUAUGUAUGUAUAUAUGUCUACAUGCAUGCAUGCAUGUAUAUGUAUAUAUUUUAUUUAUAUUUAUAUAUUAGUCUAGGCAUAUUCUUAUAUGUGUAAAUUAACCUAGUCUCCCAUAUAUGUUUGUGAUCGUAUUAAUUCAAUCUUCCCAAUCCUACAAGUAGAUCUCGUUGAAUCUAAGUCAAAAUCCAAGUUUUGGUGUCAAUUUUAUGGUACAAGCAAAAGGAUACGUACACAUAUACAUACUAUGGGAAUCAAUGGUAUUUAAGGAGAUGCAACUCUCUAGAGAGUUGCAAUAUACUUUUUGGAUUUAAAAAUAUGUGCAAUUCUUUGGAUAUAUCUAUAAGUGUAAUCGUUUGGACUCCUAACUUGUAGCCAGAGUUGCAUCUCAUGCUUUGCAAGGUAGGCAAAGACAAAUUGGUUGAUAAUCGAAGUAUUUGAUCAAAUACAAUUCCACUAGCUUUCCUUGGACACUCCCGGAACUUCCUUCACGAGGGCCAUUGGUGGUCUGCUCUGCUGCUAGUUCAACUUAUACCAUCCGUUCCUCAGCACUCAACAAUCAUAACACCUAAUCUUGGCAGAGUCUCAAGGUUUUCAGCUUCCUCAAGUUUUCUAGUCAGUUUCAGGAUCUAGCGGUUCUCAACUUCUUCAAGUUUUCAAGAAAACUUGUCUUGAUUUCAAGGUAAUGGAGUGCAUUGGAAAAUUAGCCACGGAUCUUUGGAAUUUGACAUUCGAAAAAGCAAAGAAGUGGUACUAUUUGCGUGAUAAUCUAAGGUCGCUAGAAACGAAGUUGGAAGGAUUAAGCGGCAGAAAAUCUGACCUCGAGUCGCAAGUGACAAAUGCAGAAAGAUCAGGUACUAAGAAAAGGAAAAGUGAGGUUGCGAACUGGUUUGAGAAGGUAGCAAACAUAGAGGAUGAAUUCGGUGCAUUGAAAACGAGUAUAGAACAGGGUUGUCUUCUGAAAAAUGCAUUUAGCGGUGGGGAUAGAGUGGCGGAAAUGGACGCAACUGUAGAAGGCCUUAUUAAGCAAAGUAAGGAUUUUGGUGAGCUUUGCCUUGGGGUUUUUGAGAGCAGAGGUAAGCCACGAGUGACAACGAAAUUAUUUGGAGAAAAGUUUGACAGAGAUUUGAAAGAUAUCUUAAGCAUCUUAAGGAUUGGAGAAAAGUUGGACACCAAUGAGAUCUUAAGGAUUGGGAUCUGGGGGAUGGGUGGCGUGGGUAAGACUACAUUGGCGGAACACAUCCAUAAUCACCUCCUUAAGAAUACUCAAUCCUUAAGGGUUUAUUGGGUUUCUGUCUCCCAAGAUUUUACCAUCAAAGGGCUGCAAGGUGACGUUGCUAAACGCUUAGGGCUUGAUCUGUCACACGAGGAUGAUGAAAAAGUGAGGGCACGUAAGUUGGGUGACACAUUCGAGAAAAUGGAGGAAAUGGUAGUGCUCAUAUUGGAUGAUGUUUGGGAAGAAUUUCGUUUAAACAGCUUAGGGAUUGGUGCAAGAAAUUGCAGACUGAUUUUGACUACACGCUCAUUAGAAGUGUGCAACCGCAUGCGAUGCCAAAGCAAAUUUGAAUUGAAAACUUUGGACACAGAGGAAGCUUGGGGUUUGUUCGAGCGUACACUUGGCAGCGAGACCGUGCUUGACGGAGGUUUGAAAGAUACUGCCAAGUCCGUUGCGAAAAGGUGUGGUGGUUUGCCUCUUGGUAUUGUCGUAAUGGCUGGGAGCAUGAUAGGUGUGACCGACAUCCAUGAGUGGAGAAAUGCAUUGGUAGACUUGAAUAGAGUAGAGCACGGUAAGAUGGAAGAAAAGGUGUCUCGCAUCCUGGAACGGAGUUUCGAUCGCCUGGAUAAAUAUGAAAGGAAUUGCUUCUUGUAUUGCUGUCUUUAUCCGGAAGAUAGUGAUAUAAAAAGAAAGGAACUAAUAGUCCUGUUUAUUAGGGCAGAGCUGAUGUCAAAACGGGAAUCAUGGUCAGAAGAAUUUGAUCAAGGUCACACAAUAUUAAACAAACUGAUUAGAGUUUGCUUGCUGGAAAAAACUACAGAUGACUGUGUGAAGAUGCAUGAUUUGGUCAGAGAUAUGGCAAUAAGGAUCACGCAUGGAAACUCCAAACCAGAGAGCAGCAGAGAUGAUGUACCACGAUUCUUGGUGAAAAGCUUGGGAAAGGGAAAUUCUAAAGUAACACAAAAUUGGACAGAAGAUCUCCAUGCGGUUUCCUUCUAUUCACAAAAUUUCAAAGAAAUAGAAAUUCCACCAGCCUGGUCACCAAAUUGUCCUAAGCUCUCGACCUUGCUUCUUUCUUGGGUUUCCAUAAAAGAAAUCCCAGAUUCAUUCUUUCGGCACAUGUGUGGACUUAAAGUUUUGAAUCUAUCUUUGUGCAAAGGUAUAACAGAGUUGCCUAAUUCUGUUUCGGACAUGGUGAAUCUUACUGCCCUGAUUUUGAGGUCUUGUAGUGACCUCCAAUCUGUGCCACCACUGGGAAAGCUCAAGCAAUUGAGGGAUUUGGACCUAUCCUCCACUAAGAUUGAGGAUUUACCUGAAGGUUGGGAGUCACUGGUCAACCUCGAAAGGCUUAACUUGGACGAGUGUCGGAGUUUAAGACGAAAGAUAAUAAUACCAAAAGAGACAUUUUCCAAAUUGACCCGUCUUCAAUGGCUAGCAUUGCCACUCUAUGGUAGGGUACAAGUUAAUGAUCCAGAAGUGUUGAACCAAUUAGAAUGUUUUAAAGGAUAUUUGUCUCUUACGAAUUUCUAUAAAAUUACUCGGUGGCCAAAAUACUAUAUGGUUUAUAUCAAUGACAUCUUAACUAAGUAUCCAUUUUAUGGUUGUGGGGACCAGAAACAACUGUAUUUCCAUCAGUGUGAGCUUGGUAGAGGAUCGAACAAUCUGCCAGAUGAUAUGGAAUGUCUGGUAAUCGAGGAUUGUGAGGGCAUGGGCAUUAGGUGCUUGUCAGAUGUUUUUAAGAAUUUUAUAAAUUUAAGCCACUUAUCUGAAUUGUAUAUUAAGGAUUUGGUUGGAAUAGAGUUCCUCUGGCAAUUGUCCUCUGCUUCUCCACGUGAUCAGUUGGAAGUCUCGUAUUUUAGUCCACUCUGUGAUCUCCAAGUGCUAAGCCUCUCCGGGUUGCCAAAUCUGGUUGGUCUAUUUUACGGAGAAUCAGAACCAUCAUAUUUGCUUCCAGCUGGCACCUUUUCUUCCCUCAAAUAUUUGUGGAUUUCUGAAUGUCACAACAUGAAGCAGCUAUUCACAGUGCAGUUGCUGCAGAACCUUCAAAAUCUUGAAUUAUUAGAUGUUAAAAAUUGUGAAGGACUGGAAGAGAUAGCAGCAGAUGGCAAUGGAGAAGGACAAGGAGGAGGAGAAGGCACCCAAUUGACCUCAUGUGAAGGAGCCACCGCCACUGUCAUCAACCUUCCGAAAUUGAGGCGGUUGCAUCUGGAUAACCUGCCACAACUGAAGAACGUUUGCAAGGCAGCCAUGAUCUGCAAUUCAAUUGAGGAUAUUGCAAUAUUCGGUUGUCCAAAUUUAAAGAGGCUGCCUUCGUUUCUUUCUGCCAUCGACGGACCACCAAAUUUGCUUCCAGCUGGCACCUUUUCUUUCCUCAGAGUAUUGUGGAUUUCUAAAUGUCACAACAUGAAGCAGCUAUUCACAGUGCAGUUGCUGCAGAGCCUUCAAAAUCUUGAAGAAUUACACGUUUGCAAUUGUGAAGGACUGGAGGAGAUAGCAGCAGAUGGCAAUGGAGUAGGACAAGGAGGAGGAGAAGGCACCCAAUUGACCUCAUGUGAAGGAGCCACCGCCACUGUCAUCAACCGUCCGAAAUUGAGGCGGUUGCAUCUGCGUAACCUGCCACAACUGAAGAACGUUUGCAAGGCAGCCAUGAUCUGCGAAUCAAUUGAGGAUAUUGCAAUAUUCGGUUGUCCAAAUUUAAAGAGGCUGCCUUCGUUUCUUUCUGCCAUCGACGGACCACCAUAUUUGCUUCCAGCUGGCACCUUUUCUUCCCUUAAAAAAUUGAGCAUUUCUAAAUGUCACAACAUGAAGCAGCUAUUCACAGUGCAGUUGCUGCAGAGCCUUCAAAAUCUUGAAACAUUAACAGUUAUAGAAUGUGAAGGACUGGAGGAGAUAGCAGCAGAUGGCAAUGGAGUAGGACAAGGAGGAGGAGAAGGCACCCAAUUGACUUCAAGUGAAGGAGCCACCGCCACUGUCGUCCUUCCGAAAUUAAGGCUGUUGCAUCUGGGGCGGCUGCCGCAACUGAAGAACAUUUGCAAGGCAGCCUUGAUCUGCGAUUCAAUCAAGGAGAUCGCAAUAUUUAAUUGUCCAAAUUUAAAGAGGCUGCCUUCGUUUCUUUCCACCAUCAACGGACUACCAUCUGUUCCCACUACUCUUCACAAAAUCAGGGGAGAUAAAGAAUGGUGGGAAUCAUUAGAAUGGGACAAUUCCUACACCAAAAAUGCCCUUGACCCAUUUAUUACUACAACAGAUCGUCGACAGGAUCUGAUGAUCAUGUUAAGCAAGCCUGUGAGUGCUGUGCCUGUGAGUCGUCACUCCUCUCAUUUUGCUAACAAAUACAGUCCUUUCAAAGAAAACAAACGGGUGUUAACGCAGAUAAAAGUAAGAUCACUUCUUUUCAAUGUGUUAUUAACGCAGUUCUGCAGAACUGAAACAGUCGAUUAAACUCAGAGAUACAGAUACCAUACGGUUUAGCUACCAUGCUCGAGAAUACUAAAUAUAUCAUUCAAAAGACAGUGCAAGAAAACCCCCAGAAAUGCAGAUUUGCAACAAAUAAACAAAGGAUCCAGUGAGUGCAGUGCUCGCAGAUAUCAAGCAACAGUAGUUGAAGAAGAACCAUUAUUUGCACAACUUCUCUCAUUCCUCAAGUUUUGUGAAUUGAUUCAUCCCAAAACAUGAAACAUUAAAUGCCUCCUAAAAAUUUGACUACUUGAACAAAAAGAAGGGAACAAUAACUUGUCAAAUUAUUGAGUAAACUAAGGUUCUGAAAA